AUGAUGCCUUUAAAGUUUGCUUUGUGUCUGACAUGCCUGGCACUGGGUAGUGUAGCUCAGAAGACUAACCUGAAAUCCUCAGUUUAUGUGCGUCAAGAAAGUGGUUUUGUGUCGCCUAGCGUUGGUGACAAAGUGACUUUGCAAUGUUUCUACGAAGAAGACGCAGUGAUGUUUUACUGGUAUAAACAAUCUCUGGGACAGAAUCCAAAGCUUGUGUCUAAAUUUUAUAAACAUGAAAAAAAUGGCACGUUUUACAGUGAGUUUGAAAACAAUUCUCGUUUCUCACUAGACACUGGAAAUGGUAACAAUCACUUGAUCAUUUCAGAUCUACAGAUUUCAGACUCAGCUACUUAUUACUGCAUUGGUAUCUAUGUAUACGAUUUUGAAUUUUCUGAAGGUGUUACUGUCAGUGUAGAGGGUUCAGGGAUAAACAUCCAAACUUUGCUCCAUCAGUCUGAGACGAUGGUUCCAUCCGAAACCAUUGAGCCUGGAGGCUCUGCUCUGAACUGUAUUAUACACAAACAUACCUAUGAUGGAGGCCACAGAGUUUACUGGUUCCAGGAUUCUGCCAAAUCUCAUCCUGGACUCAUUUAUGCCAACGGAGUCAGGAGUGAUGAGUAUGAGAAGAGGCCUACGACACAAACACACACCUGCUUCUACAACUUACCCAUGAAAAGUCCUAAUCUCUCUGAUGCUUCGAGCUACUGUGCUGUUGCCUCAUGUGGACACAUACUGUUUGGAGACCGGGAAGAGCUCCACUUAGAGCAUGAGCACUCUGUUGUCUUGGUGUAUUUCCUGAGUGGAGCGUUGAUAUUUACCAUUAUCCUGCUGCUUAUGCUGUCAUAUGCAGCACUGAGAAUUAAUAUCAAAAUGAAACGCCAAAACUCUCAAGCAAGAUCUGCAAAUGCCUCAACUCCAAAUGCAGAAGGUAACCAAGAUUCAGACAACCUCCAUUAUGCUGCUUUGAGGGACCACAAGGUCAACCGAUCCAAGAGACAAAGAGACAACACAAACACCGAAUGUGUGUACUCCAGUGUCAAACAGUAA